AUGAAUAAUUUAGUUGAACUUGAUUUGCAUUGGCGUUUUGAUUUACCUUUGGAGCUGAUGGCAAAAAUUAGUAAACUAAAGCAAGUGAGAAAGCUGUCUGUAACUCAUGGAUUGGGAUACUUUGGUGAUAUUGGCGGAAUGGACAAUUUGACUGAACUCAAUGUGAGCUGGAAUGGUAUUAAGGGUUGUGAUGACACUCAACCUAUUGUUAAAUUGCAGAAUUUAGUCAAGCUCAAUAUUUCCCGUAACAAUCUAUCCAAUAAGGGUGCAAAACUUCUUUCUAAAUUGGUUAAUUUGACAGAUCUUGACAUUUCUAAUAAUUCUCUAGAUGAUUUAUCAUACUUAUUUUCCAAAAUGAAAAAUUUAACAGUAUUGGAUGUUAGUGAAAAUAGACUUUCACCAUUUGAUGUAGAAUCAAUCAGUGAGCUGGUACAAUUGACCGAUCUGGAUAUUUCUGAUAAUCGUGAAAUAGGUGAAGAAGGCGCCAUAAGCAUUAGUGGAAUGAAACAAUUACGAAUUCUCAAAUUUCGUGAUAUUGAAUUAGGGGAAGCCGCUAAAAUAUUUAGCCAAAUGGAUAAUCUUACGCAACUUGAUAUUUCUGGGAACUUCAUUGAUGAUAAAGGAAUCAAACUGAUUAGUGGAAUGCAAAAUUUGACUUAUCUUGAUGCAUCAUGGAAUGAUAUCACAGACGCAGGUGUCAAAAUAAUUUGUGAAAACAUGCCAAACCUCACUUCCAUUUUUAUUAAUGAAAAUCCUGUUGAAGAAAAGGGGUGUAACAUGUUGAGUUCCUUUAAAAAAUGGAAGAAUUUAAACUAUUAA